UCAGCAGAGCCCAGUCUGGGAGGGACGCGCCCGGCCGCAGUCCACUGCCCCUGGUCCCCGCCCCCGAGCCCAUGGAGGCGCCUGGACCCCGCGCCUUGCGGACUGCUCUCUGUGGCGGCUGUUGCUGCCUCCUCUUGUGUGCCCAGCUGGCUGUGGCUGGUAAAGGAGCUCGAGGCUUUGGGCGGGGAGCCCUGAUCCGCCUGAAUAUCUGGCCGGCGGUCCAAGGGGCCUGCAAACAGCUGGAGGUCUGUGAGCACUGCGUGGAGGGAGAUAGAGCGCGCAAUCUCUCCGGCUGCUUGUGGGAGCAGUGCCGGCCAGAGGAGCCAGGACACUGUGUGGCCCAAGCUGAGGUGGUCAAGGAAGGUUGCUCCAUCUACAACCUCUCAGAGGCAUGUCCAGCUGCUCACCACCACCCCACCUAUGAACCGAAGACAGUCACAACAGGGAGCCCCCCAGUCCCUGAGGCCCACAGCCCUGGAUUUGACGGGGCCAGCUUUGUCGGAGGUGUCGUGCUGGUGUUGAGCCUACAGGCGGUGGCCUUCUUUGUGCUGCGCUUCCUCAAGGCCAAGGACAGCACCUACCAGACGCUGUGAGUACCUGGCCAGCAGCAAGUACCUGAGUCCCAGCUCACCUCCUGGUUCCUGCCCCACCGUUCCCCUUCAGUACCCAGGGUGCUGUCUUCUCCGUGGGCAAAGCCCUCAGGACGGUGACAGCAUGUCCCAUGUGAGCCACACCCCCUUUGUCUCCUCCAGUUGGGGGAUUUCCUUUGUCAGGUGUUGGCUGGGACCAGGACUCAGCCUGGGCCAGUCUAGGAGCCCAGCUGAGCCCUCCUUUGUCCUUUCCCUUCAUGCUGCCAGCAGGGAAGAGAACCAGUAGGUGCCAGCCCAGGCAAGCCUGUGGCCCGCAUUUCUGUGGCUGUGGGCAGGAGCUGGGCCGUGUGUCUCGCUGGGUUUUGCUUUGAGAAGGGGAGCUGUGCCUGAGGCCCUCUGUGUGCCGUGUGUGCUGUGGGGCGGGUCACCGAAGCCUGUGUUAAAGUGUUUGCUCUUCCUCUGCUGCCUCCUCUCGAGGCAGGGGGUCCUUGGCUGGCUGAGGCAGGGUCACCUCCCUGAGUGUCCUCUUUGGCCUCUGCAGAAUCUGACCCCCUUGGGCCUGGACUCCAUCCUGAGGGGAAAGGAGGAUGCAGAGGCUGGCUUCUGGGUACCCUUGUGGGUAAGCAGGGGGCAGGGGUGGGAAAAACUCUGGCUGCUAGUUUUUGGCUCUUGUGGGCACCAGGCAGGCUCAGUGUCUGAUGCCUGACAUCUCCUCCUGUCCUGGGCCUGGAACCUGCAGCUGAGAGCAUCCCUCAACCGCCUCGUCUCCUCCAUGGCUCCUGCUGGGCCCCUCAGCCUGACACUGGGUUGUGUGCCUGCCUCUUCCCACCAACUGGCCUGGCACUGCCCCCAAAUAAAGGAACUCUGCACUGCGCUUCA